AUGUCUGACCGAGAAUUUGGAGGAAACGAUGACCUUUCACUGCCAAAAGCUACGGUGCAGAAAAUAAUAACAGAGAUUCUACCGCCUUCCUCCGGGCAGACUUUUGCGAAGGAUGCGCGAGACCUGCUCAUAGAGUGCUGUGUUGAGUUCAUAACACUCAUAUCUUCCGAGGCAAACGAGAUCAGUGAGAAGGAGGCGAAGAAGACGAUCGCCUGCGAGCACAUCGAAAAGGCGCUUACCGACCUAGGGUUUGGAGACUAUGUUCCGGAUGUGCUUGCUAUUGCGGAGGAGCAUAAAGAACAACUAAAGACUCGAGAGAAGCGGACAAAUAAGAUAGACCAAAGCGGAAUGUCACAUGAAGAACUACUACGGCUCCAGCAAGAGCUUUUCCGCUCUGCGGGAGAAAAGUACAACUCGGGGAGCUAA